AUGGACACACUAUCGGAAGCAAACAGCACCUUUGCCUUGAACCUCUUGAAAAAACUGUGUGAAAACAACUCAAAAAAUGUGUUUUUCUCACCCCUAAGCAUCUCGUCUACCUUGGCCAUGGUCUUCAUGGGGGCCAAAGGGAACACCGCCACCCAGAUGUCCCAGACACUGUGUUUCAACAAAAGCCCAGGUGAAGGGGGAGAUGUUCACCAAGGUUUCCAGUCACUUCUUACCGAAGUUAACCAACCUGACGCUCAGUACUUGCUCAGAACGGCUAACAGGCUCUUUGGAGAAAAGACGCGUGAUUUCCUCUCAUCUUUCAAAGAUUCCUGCUGCAAAUACUACCAAGCAGAGAUGGAAGAGCUCGACUUUGUAAAUGCCACAGAGGAGUCCAGAGAACACAUCAACUCCUGGGUAGCCAAAAAGACAGAAGGUGAAAAUAUCCUCUUGUCCUAUUUUAAUCCUCUCUUAGCCAGUCUUAUUGUUCAUUCCUUCACAGGAAUCGUUGUUGUUGUUAGCCUUUCUUUUCAUAGUUGGCAUAAAGCAACAGACAGUGAGGGAUCUGGGCAGUCUCCCUCCACAGUCUCUAAAAACGAGAAGAAGCCUGUGCAAAUGAUGUUUAAGAAAUCUACUUUUCAAAUGACCUACAUAGGAGAAAUCUUCACCAAUAUCUUAGUGCUUCCCUAUGUCAACAAGGAGCUGAACAUGAUCAUCAUGCUUCCGAAUGAAAACACCGCCUUGAGCACGGUGGAAAAAGAACUGACGUAUGAGAAAUUUAUGGAGUGGACAAGGCCAGACAAGAUGGAUGAGGUGGAGGUAGAAGUCUCCCUUCCUCGAUUCAAGCUGGAAGAGACUUACAAAAUGGAGGACGUACUUUACAGUCUGGGCAUGACCGAUGCCUUUGACCAAGGCAGGGCAGACUUCUCUGGAAUGUCAUCCACGGGAAACCUGUAUCUAUCCAACGUUGUGCACAAGGCCUUCGUGGAGGUCAAUGAGGAAGGCACAGAGGCAGCGGCAGCCACGGCUGCCAUCAUGAUGCUUCGUUGCGCAAGAAUCACCCCCCAGUUCUGUGCCGACCACCCCUUCCUCUUCUUCAUUCAGCAUGCCAAGACAAAGCAUAUUCUCUUCUGUGGCCGCGUCACCUCUCCCUAA